CAUCAAAGAUUACGGGGAGAACGCCGAGAACUGUGGUCGAGGAGGAGAAAAAAAGAUCAGCCAUGACUGAAUGGCGGAGCACACUAAAUAGGCCAUUGGCCUAAUUCUGCUCCUGUGUCUUAUGGUCUAAUAUAUUAUUGGUCGAUGAGGACAAAGACUAUGGAGUCUAAGAAUGGACGAGAUCAACAAUAACAAUCAUGAAAGUGAGAGGUGAACCUGAGCGUGUUUCACAACAACAUUCACUGGCUUCCCGAAUCGACAUUUGUCUGAUAUUUUGCAAUUUCGUUUCAAGUUAUCCAUACAUCAUCACAAUUGCGAUUUUACUUGAAUGACAUCAUGUCUAUUUGUACCCCAGCUGUUGGAGGACACGUCAGCCUUGUGUAGUAUUGAAUAUUCAGUGUGCUGGAGCGAGUAUAAAUGAAUGAGCGUGAAGAUUCAUCAGCUCAGAGUUUUUUCAGCGAGAUCGCGGGCAGCUGGAACACAGGCUGACUCUCACUCAACAUGCUUGAAACAUUUUACCGUGUAAGGAAGAUAUGGUUCAUGGUCAUUGCCGUCAUUGGCGUUCCUGUGAAUUUAGUGGCGAUUACGAUCCUGUCCCGGGGAAAGUGCGGCCUCUCCACCUGCACCACUCGCUACCUGGUGGCCAUGGCAACGGCGGAUUUGCUAACCAUCAUCUUUGCGGUCAUAUUUUGGCGGGUCAGUUAUUAUUACUUCCCUGGGACUUUCCUGGACAUCACCCCCGUGUGCAGUCUGAUCUCUGUCCUGGGAGAGGCAGCCACAGACUCUUCUGUCUGGUUCACCGUCACUUUUACCUUUGAUCGGUUUAUCUCCAUCUGUUGCCAGGAGCGGAAAACAAAAUAUUGCACCGGGAAAACUGCGGCUGUCGUUCUGACAACAACUGGCGUUCUGUUCUGUUUUAAAAAUGUGCCCUAUUUCUUUAAGUAUCGUCCUGCGAAAGUGAUUGAUAGUAUACCCUGGGACUGUAUUGAAAAGCCCGGCUCCUUUACGGAUCCCAGGUGGGUGGGAUAUAAAUGGCUUUCUAAAGUUCUGACGCCGUUACUCCCGGUCCUGUCAAUACUACUACUGAACACACUAACAGUCAGACACAUUUUAGUGGCGAGUCGCGUCCGUAAGGGGCUGAGGGGUCAGAGCAAGGUGGAGAACCGCAGUGACCCGGAGAUGGAGAGCAGGAGGAGGUCUGUGAUCUUACUUUUCACCAUCUCCGGAAGCUUCAUCAUUCUGUGGUCGGUGAAUGUUUUCGAAUUUCUUUAUAACACCAUCGCCGGAUUGGAUCCAAAUAAUUUCAAAGAUUCGGAAUACGUAUUUCAACACACUGGAUUCAUGCUGUUGAUAUUAAGUUGCUGCACAAACACCUUUAUUUAUGGGGUAACUCAGUUCAAGUUCAGAGAGCAGUUCAUCAGCGCAGCGAAAUAUCCGCUCACGUCAAUUAUUCAACGAAUUAAUAAACAAAAUAUCUAAGUUCUUCUCAGAAGCGGUUGCAGUGUCUACCACGUUUACACUGCAGAACUGGAGGUAGUUGAAGAGUUGGGAGUGGGGAGAAUAAAACUGGUUUAGAGCCCGAGAGAGACAUUUCGGCACGCACGGCUCGCCGUCACCACCUCGCACCAAUUAUUCAACUCGGCUUACCUUUUAUUUUUGUUUCACCAUAUCCUGCUCUCAUCAUCGCCACACCCCUUUCA